UCCAAUUCCUGGCAUACCUAUGUGCAUCAAGCUAAAGUAUAAAAGACCAGAGGGUGCUGCUGUGGGCUCAGCAUCCAAACAGCCACUGAGCAAAGAAGCUAAAAAGCAUCCAUCCAUCUAAUACAAACACCAGGAAUUCACAGAGAAACAUGCAACUGUCUUCCAUUCCAGUCUGCGGCUUCCUCUUCAUCUUAAACCUGCAAUUAUUCAGCACAUACCCCAUCAGCACCACCCUGACUGACACUGACAUGGACAUCUUAAAGGUGCUCCUUCACAUACUAGAGGAGUCUGUUUCAGAGCCGACUGAGGUGGACCAGAGAGUCUCUCCAGAGAGGGAAAGUCUUGACAGCUGGAACACAGAAGAGGCAGCAGAUGGACAGCAGCACCAAAAUGGAUUGGACAAGGCUGCAAUCAGGGAGUUUCUCUCAGCCAAGGACCUGAAGAGAGUCCACAACGACUCCUCUAGGAGAUCCUCUGGCUGCUUCGGUCGACGGAUGGACAGAAUAGGCUCCAUGAGCUCUCUGGGGUGCAACACUGUCGGCAAAUACAAUCCAAAGUGAAGAUGAAGUCUUACCAUCUAAAUUGUGGAACUGCAAUGUCUUUACCAAAAUCAAUAUUUUUAUUCAAAUGCUAUUUAUUUACUAAUAUUUAUUGAAUA